CCUCGUUUUCUGCUUUCUCUUCCACCCCCCACACCGCAACCAAACCCUCAAAGGCUCAAACCCUUUACCGCACUCCACACUUCAUAUCUGUAAAACCCUUUGUUCAUUUCUUCGAUACUCUGCAUCCAUCGCUGAUUGAAUCGCCAUCUCCGGCGCCAGAGCUCGAUCUUCGGAUUUUUGAAUAAUUUUUAAAUUAUGUCUGGAACUCCGACCAGAGCGGCGGCGCCACCUCCGGCUCCGUCGAAUGCACCGCCCGCUAACGGAGUUUCAGGAGCCCAGAUCCCUAGGCCAACCAGGCGCCACCUCGCCUUCGCGUCCAUGAAGCCGCCGUUUGUCCCUCCCGAAGACUAUCACCGAUUCUCCACCCCUGGUGCCGAUGGUGGGCUCGCUGCCGUGAACAAUCACCAGCCUGAGGCUAUUAUAGUCAAGUCCCCCCCAAUGAAGAGAAAGGGUAGAGCAGCUUCUUGUGAAGCUGAGUCCAGUGAAUGGAGUGCAAGUCCUGGGUAUACUGAUAUGGUCAACAGUCCCCUCCAAACACCUGUAUCUGUAAAAGGCGGAAAGGCAUACGGGCGGUCAAAAACCACAAAGAACAAUAGGUCUGGACCACCGACACCUGUGUCCAAUGCUGGUUGUCCUUCCCCUCUGACUCCCGUUGGCUGCCGCUAUGACAGCUCCUUGGGACUUUUAACAAAAAAAUUUAUCAACUUGAUCAAGCAUGCGGAAGAUGGUAUGAUUGAUCUUAACAAUGCUGCAGACGCUUUGGAGGUGCAAAAGAGACGUAUAUAUGACAUUACAAAUGUCCUUGAGGGGAUUGGUCUGAUUGAAAAGAAGCUCAAGAACAGGAUCCAAUGGAAGGGAGUUGAUGCUUCACGACCAGGGGAUGUAGAUACCGAUGCGACAAUUUUACGGGCAGAAGUUGAAAACCUUUCCAUGGAAGAGCAAAGAUUGGAUGGCCGUAUAAGAGAAAUGCAGGAAAAGUUGAGGGGUUUGAGCGAAGAUGAAAAUGACAAGAGAUGGCUUUUCGUAACUGAAGAGGAUAUCAAAACUCUACCCUGCUUUCAGAAUGAAACUCUGAUAGCAAUUAAAGCUCCACAUGGGACCACAUUGGAAGUCCCUGAGCCUGAUGAGGCUGUUGAUUACCCCCAGAGGAGAUAUAGGAUAAUUCUGAGAAGCACAAUGGGCCCAAUUGAUGUCUACCUUGUCAGUCAAUUUGAGGAGAAAUUUGAGGAGAUGACUGGUGUUGAACAAUCAAUGAGUGUCCCACUUGCUUCAAGUUCAGGCUCAAAUGACAAUCCAUCAACAGAUAGAUCAACUGUUACAAAUAAUCUGCCUGGUAAUGGAUCACUAGCACAUGAUAGUCAAAUGAGCUGUGAUCUUGGUGCUUCUCUGGAAUUCAAUGGAGGAAUGAUGAAGAUUGUCCCUUCAGAUGCUGAUAACGACACAGAUUAUUGGCUCCAGUCAGAUCCUAUUCCUGGUCUUAGCUUAACAGAAAUGUGGAAGACAGAUGGUGACAUUGAUUGGUGUAUGGAGAAUAUGCUUAAUGAAUUUGGAAUAUCUGAGAUAAGUACACCACGACCACAGACUCCAUCAGCUGUUGCUGAUGUACCUCCUGCUGUAAAUAUGCCACCAAGAUGAUAUGCUAGUGCGAAAAAGCUUCGUUUCUACUCCAGGGCUAGCUCUGCUUCAUCAGAAGCGAGCCCAUUUGAUUUCGUUGCUAAUUUGAUCAGCUUGGUUCCUUUAUAGACUUUGCAUGUUAAUUCUAUACAAAUGGAAUCACGGUGAGGAUACAACAAAGAAAGCGAUAGGAGAAGACCAGUUAUAUAUGUUCAGCUCAGAUCAUAAUCGAGAAACUGCUUUGCCCUUCGAUUACAGAGGUUAAUUAAUAAAUUGUGCCAUAUGUAGCAUGGAGAACAUGUACGAUAAAUUGAGUAUACUGUAGGGGUAUUAUUGUUGAACAAAUAGACAAGGCAGUUCUAGAUCCUGGUAAUUUAUCUCAAGUCUUUAUGAGUCGUGACAUUUCAUUGUAUACACCUGCUUUCUCUCCCUAAACAGAGCUAUGAAUCUCAUAACAUUUGCUGGAGAAUUUUAUGAAAUGCAGGAGUUGUUGCAAAUUCA